CUGCGGGAGUCGUGGUUUGUGUGCUGGCGCCGGAGGCUACUCCGCUGGGAGCUGUGAGACCAAGGCCUCAGAGGGAAGUCACUUAUCAGAGUGUGUAGGUUCUUCAUGCACAGAACAAGUCUUCUGGCUCUUGGGAUAACCUUUUAAAAACCAAGAUUACCUUGAUCAACACUCAGAGGACCUGAGAAACAGAAAGACACCCAUCCACAAACCAGCCCGUGUUCAGGGCAGGAGAUCAGACCUUCCAGCAACCUGAACCUGAACUUCUAGCUCCUUCUCCUCAUGUGCUUGUCUGGGGGGUGCCUACAUUGGUCAGGAGUAAAUUCACAGCUCGUCUGCCAUGAACUGGAAGGCUCUUGAACACGUGCCCUUGCUGCUGUAUAUCUUGGCAGCGAAGACAUUAAUUCUCUGCCUGGCAUUUGCUGGAGUGAAAAUAUACCAAAGGAAAAGGAUGGAAGCAAAACAGCAAAAACUGGAGGCUGAGAAGAAGCAGCAGCCAGAGAAGAAAGAUAACUGAAGGGGAAUCGAGAUUUUGCAAUGUAAAUGUCAGCUCCAGUGGACUCCAGCCGAGAAGCAGGAACCAUUGAGUGAUGUGUCAGAGGAUAAACUCCCAACCUGGGCCUUUAACUUAAAACAAUGUGAAUUUUUAUAUGCUUUUAAAAGAACCAGU